AUGGAGCCAUGUAGCAGAAGCCCUGCGGGUGAGACUAGAGAUGGUUUCUACAAGAUUGCAGAGCGACGGCGAGACAUCGGAGAAACUGUAAACCAGGUUGACUUGUGGGUUCGGCGGGAGUACAAGAAAAUGGAAACAGCAAAGGGCUCUGAAGAUCCGGGGCUGAGCCAGUACGGAUUCGCACGAGAAAUGAGUGAUCUUCGAAGCAGCGCCCUCGGCCCGUAUGUCACACCGUCGUAUGCAUAUUUGGAGACAAGCUUAGCUUGUCAAUCUGAAACGACAAGACUAACCGAUCCGAGGGAGGAAGUUCCGGGAAUAGGAACAGCUAUUCGGACCUCAGCGCCGGUCAAGGGGAAUACCAUGGGGGGGAGAGAAGGUGGCUGCACGCGCAAUACGCCACUGGAGGACCAUGUUGACCUUGUUGACUUCGAGACAGGCAAAUUUCGAUUUCGAGUUCUGCAGGCCGAUAUAGCGGAUGACGAAUGUACAUUGAGAGAGGAAGUUGUAACUCACCAAAGAUUCUCCGAGGGGAAUUACCGCCGGCUAGUAAAAUUGUUGCCGUGUGCCCCAGGCACUGACAUCGCUUGCGUAUCGUACUAUACCCCUCUGGACUCGGACGACGAUGCGUGCCCGCAACCGACUUGGAGGAUCCGCUAUGGAAUGGCAGACAGGCAAGAGGUUCUCCUGAAAGCGUCUUUCCAGUCCUAUGUCGGCGGCCCGAACGUGAUGGUGGCGAGUCAAGCGAAAGUCGAACUCUCGGUGUUUUAUCAUAUUGACGAGGUUAUUAUGGCCUCCUUCACUGUUGAGCUUGUUCUUGAGGAGAGCGCAUCAGAAGAACCGGGGCGUUCGAGAGAUGACAAACUAGUUGGCCCUGAAUCUGCGACAGGCCCAGGAUCCGGGAGACAACUGGUCCAAAGAUGCCAAUCGGAGACAUCACCUCAGAAUUCGAAAGAGACGCUGAGAAUGCUGAAGGCCCAUGGAAUCGUCCAUCGAAAGGGAGGUCCCUCGGGCCGACCGUUAUUGUUCGGCCCAGAGAGCUUGGCAGCAAAUUUUCAGUGGAACAUCGAGUGCAGCUCGUCACUGGCUAUGACGUCGGAUUUCGUUCUCGGGCGUCUGGAGGCUCGUCUGAACGAAGCUGCGACUUGGCGAUUGUCACGUCAACCAGGAAGUUUGGAGUACGACUACAGUCUGUGCAUCAGGUGCUUUUCGACCUCAUCUGAUCCCUGGAUCAUGAACGGAUCAAAUGUAAUGGAGACGGGCAGGCCACUGAUCUACCGAUACGCGGCCAUUUUAAUUUCCUUGAUCAAGCAGUCUCUCGUCAAGACCUUGAUCAACAGGGCCAGGCUCGUGGAUUUCUAG